CAACCCAUGAUCUCAAGCUGUGGCUUGAUUUUAUCUUAAUCGGUCCCUAUCCAAUUUCCGUUCUUUCUCUCGUUCCCCUUCCCCUCUUUCGAUUCCAACGAGGCAACGACUAUUGUAUGGAGUCUUUCUUAGCCCAUUCAAACCCUAAUCUGAAUUAUGUGAUCCCACCUCCUCAGGAACCACCCAUGUUUUAUUAUUGAUAGUAACAUAACUAUUAUCGAAGAAAAUACACACUUUUUCCUUGCUGGUUGCCUUUUUACCCUUCGGUUGAUGUUUUUCUUCCACAUGGGUUUUCAAAUUUCUGAUGAAUUGUUGGGUACUUUUGUACCAAUUAUCGUCUACUGGGUCUAUUCCGGGUUGUAUGUUGGUUUAGGAUAUUUUGAGAAUUAUAGAUUGCACACUAAGCAGGAUGAAGAUGAGAAGAACUUGGUCUCUAAAACCACUGUUGUUAAAGGCGUUCUUCUUCAACAAUCUAUUCAAGCUGUUGUUGCUAUCCUCUUGUUUACGGUAACUGCAAAUGAUUCUCAGGCUGCUAUAGAUCAACAGCCGUCCUUAAUUAUUCUAGCUAGAGAGUUUGUUACAGCAAUGUUGGUUUUGGAUACUUGGCAGUAUUUCAUGCAUAGAUACAUGCAUCACAACAAAUUUCUGUAUAAGCAUAUUCAUUCUCAACAUCACCGGCUUGUUGUCCCUUAUUCAUUUGGAGCACUAUACAAUCAUCCACUGGAGGGGCUUCUUCUCGACACAAUCGGUGGGGCAUUAUCCUUUCUCUUUUCAGGGAUGUCUCCUCGAGCCUCCAUUUUUUUCUUCUCAUUUGCUACCAUCAAAACAGUGGAUGACCAUUGUGGGUUAUGGCUUCCUGGGAACCUUUUCCAUGUGUUCUUUAAAAAUAAUACUGCUUAUCAUGAUGUCCACCAUCAGCUCUAUGGUAGCAAAUACAACUUUUCACAGCCAUUUUUCGUCAUGUGGGAUAGACUUCUUGGAACUUAUAUGCCUUACUCACUUGAGAAGAGAGAAGGGGGUGGUUUUGAGGCACGGCCUGCUAAAGAGUACAAGGAUGAUUGAUUGUUGCCUGAACAAGGCUGCAACAAUGUACCACCACAACAAUUAUUUUUUCCUCUAAUUAAUUACAUGGAUUUUGUUAUCUGUAUAUGUGUGUAUAAAUUGUUGUGCUUUAUU